AAGAAAGAUGCAGUGCUGAAAGAGGAGGGGACGAAGGAGGAAAAGAAGAAAGAUGCAGUGCUGAAAGAGGAGGGGACGAAGGAGGAAAAGAAGAAAGAUGCAGUGCUGAAAGAGGAGGGGACGAAGGAGGAAAAGAAGCCAGAACCCAAGGAGGAAAAAAUGGGGCGGAUCAACGGUCUGAUUCUGGAUGUGCAGAAAAUCAAUGGCUCCUACAGCUUCAGCUUCCACAUGGUGAUUGGCCAGUUUGAUGAGGGCCUGUACAACCUCGACUUCCACUACUGCGAGAACAUUCUGCCAGGCAACAACCGCCCCUACACUCUCAACGUGAGUGGUGUUCUGUGGACGGAGAAGAACCCAGGAGGUUACCUGUCAGCAGCAGAGAUCCCUCUUCCUCGUCUCUACAUCUUCAUGGCUGGAGUUUUCUUCAUUAUAGCCAUGGUCUGGGUUUACACACUGCUGAAGCACAGGUACAGUGUGUUUAAGAUCCACUGGCUGAUGGCAGCUCUGGCCUUCACCAAGUCCAUCUCCCUGGUUUUCCACAGCAUCAACUACCACUUCAUCAACACGGAGGGACACCCCAUAGAAGGAUGGGCUGUCAUGUACUACAUCACCCACCUGUUGAAGGGGGCUCUGCUGUUCAUCACUCUGGCAGGUACUGGCUGGGCCUGGGGGGUUAAAUACAUCCUGUCAGACAAGGAGAAGAAGAUCUUCAAUAUCAUCAUCCCUCUACAGGUACACCUGGGGUGGGCCUACAUCAUAAUAGAGUCUACAGAGGAGGGCUCUAGUGAGUACGCCCUGUGGAAGGAGGUUCUGUUCCUGGUUGACCUCAUCUGCUGUGGAGCUAUCCUCUUCCCUGUUAUAUGGUCUAUUCGUCACCUACAAGAGGCUUCCAGCACUGAUGGGAAAGCUGCCAUGAACCUGGAGAAACUCAAACUAUUCAGACAUUACUACGUCAUGGUGAGGAGACAUCUGUCUCUCUGUCUGUCUCUCUUCCUCACAGUUAUUUUGAAUUUUAACUUAUGUUUCUGUGAAAGUUCUGAAAGAUGUCAGGAUGGGUAAUCUCUCCCUCAUCCA